AUGAUUACGUUUUUCAGAUCUCCAUCAUUCCACGAUACACGACACGUGAUACCCAACUCCGCUAGUCAAAAUAAUCGAGUGCAACCAGUAAGAGCGUCAUCAAAUGAAGAGUUUAGUGACUAUUCAGACCGUGAUGGCGAGGUCGUCUCACCGAAGCCUGUGCAUAAGCCCUUUUUUCGACGUCUCUCAUUUAAGGGAUUCAAAAAGGGUCGUGGAUUUUUCCACAAGCAACAGAGUGAUGAAGUUGAAUUGUCGCACAGCGAGAGCAGAAAAGACAAACACACUAAAUCCAAGCUGUCUAAAAUAGUAGUGGAGUGUCGUAAGGAGGGUGUUGUCAAUACUUUGAUCGGAGAAAAUUCCGAUGGAACGCAAAAAUGGGAAAAAUCACGGUUAGCGCUGAUCAAAGCCAUCGGUGGUUACAUGCUGGAAUUUUAUUCCCCUCCUAAAGCCGUGAAACCACGUGGAGGUGUGUUUUGUUCGGCGAUUACCGAAGCGCGUGAAACAACAGCUUUGGAGAUGCCGGAUCAUGAGAAUACAUUUGUAUUAAAAACCCAGAACGCUGAAUUUGUGAUCGAAGCGCAUGAUUCCUCAGACAUGAGGUCGUGGUUGGCUACUAUUAAAUAUUGUAUGCGUUCGGCAUUUUUGAACUCCGCGACAAAUGAUUCUGCAGGUGAUGGUUUGGGACACGGCUCGGCCUCGGGACAAGACGGUGACCGCGUGCGAGCUAAUUCCGCGAGUAAGAGCUCGCGGUCAGGAUUUGAUCAUGCAAAUGAUCUUGCUCAUCCACCAGAAUUACCUCCUAGACUUCGUACACGUAGUAAUAGUAAUCUUGAGCUUUGCUCUUCUCAACAAGAAAUCGAACAAAUGAGUGGUAAUGAAGGAGAACCAGACUUGGCUGUUAGUUUAAGAGAAUAUCCAUGGUUUCAUGGCACAUUACCGCGAUCAGAUGCAGCACAACUUGUCUUACAUAACGCAAUGAAUGGACAUGGUGUUUUUCUAGUGAGACAAAGUGAAACGAGAAAAGGAGAAUUUGUAUUAACAUUUAAUUUCCAAGGAAGAGCUAAGCAUUUAAGAAUGACGCUAAACGAUCAAGGUCACUGUCGUGUUCAACACCUGUGUUUUCCCGCAAUACUUGAUAUGCUGGAUCAUUUUCGGCAGAAUGCAAUACCCCUGGAGUCUGGUGGAACGGCAGAUGUGACGCUUACGGAAUUCGUAGUGGCGAGUCAUGCAUUGCGCCCAGUAGUGCAUCCAACAGUUAACGCAAAUACACAACAAAAUCAAGCUCAGGAGAGGAGACCUGCUACUGUACCGGAGUCAAGAGAAAUCCGGACUUGUGGUGGAUCAAUAAGAAUCAAAACAGACUCUGUGGAAUGGCUUGAGCAGCAACAGCAGCAACAACAACAACCUAAUGUUAAUAAUAAUUUGGAUCAACAAGCAUCGACUUCAGCAUCAUCAAGCAAUAGAGCUGUGCAAAAUGCCUACAGUUUUCUCUGA